AUGUCUCGGCAGUCAAUCUGUAGAAGCUUUGGAGGUGGAAGCAAAAGGGGAUACAGCUCUUGCUCUGCCAUCGGUGGUGGCUUUGGAGGAAGUGGGGGCAGAAGCAGGAUCAGCUAUAGCUCGUUCUCCACAUCCAGGGGAGUUGGAGGCAGCGGACGUUGUGGAGGUUUUAGCAGCAGGAGCCUCCAUAACCUGGGUGGCAGCGGAAGAAUUUCCAUGGGUGGCUCUUAUGGCGGUGGAUACGGAUGUAGAAUUGGUGGCUUUGGUGGAGGCUAUGGAGGAGGAUUUGGCAGCAUUGGAGGAGGUGUCAUUGGUGGAGGAAUAGGCAGCUUUGGUGGUCCUGUGAGAGGUGGUCCUGGGUUCCCUGGAGGCAUCCAACCAGUGCAGGUUGACCCAACCCUCCUGCGGCCGGUCCGUGUUGAUAUUGAUCCUCAGAUCCAACAAGUGAAGUGCCAGGAGAAGGAACAGAUCAAGACUCUUAACAAUCAGUUUGCCUCUUUCAUUGACAAGGUCCGCUUCCUGGAGCAACAGAACAAGGUCCUCUCCACCAAGUGGGAGCUCCUCCAACAGCAAGGGCCUUCGGGGCCAAGGAAGAACCUCGAUGUCAUCUUUGAAAAUUACAUCCAGAACCUGAGGAGGAGGCUAGAGUCUCUCCUGGGACAGAGGGGGCAGCUGGAGUCAGAGCUGCAGACCAUGCGGCAAUACGUGGAGGAGUACAAAACCAAGUAUGAAGAUGAAAUCAACAGACGGACCGCUGCUGAGAACGAGUUUGUGGUGCUCAAGAAGGACGUGGACUGUGCCUACAUGACUAAAGUAGAGCUGGAAGCCAAGGUGGGAGCUCUGACUGACGAGAUCAACUUCCUGAGAUGUUUACAUGAGGCUGAGCUGUCCCAGCUGCAAACAGUAGUUGGCAACACCAACGUCAUUCUGUCCAUGGACAACCACAGGGAACUGAACAUGGAUGGCAUCAUUCAAGAAGUCAGGCAGGAGUAUGAGACAAUUGCUCAGAGAAGCAAAGCUGAAGUAGAUGCCAUGUAUCAGGGCAGGUACCAGGACCUUCAGAACAUGUGGGUAAAUCAACGUGAGCAGCUGAGGAACAGUUACCAGGAAAUCCAGGAACUGAGCAGGCAGAUACAAAGACUACAACCAGAAAUCGAAAUUGCAAGGAAAAAGAAUGCCAGCCUCCAAGAAACCAUUAAAGAUGCUGAGCAGCGUGGGAGCUCUGCCAUCAAAGAUGGCCAGCAAAAGCUUCAGGAUCUGGAAAAGGCCCUGCAGCAGGCCAAAGAUGAUCUUGCAUGCCUUCUUCACGAUUAUCAGGAGCUCCUGAGUGUGAAAUUGGCCCUGGAUAUUGAAAUUGCCAUGUAUAGAUCACUCCUUGAGGAGGAGGAGACCAGGUAG